AUGUUCCCUAUUGCUUUAUUUGGAUAUUCAUAUUUAAAAUACAAAGCUAUCAUUACAACAACUAUAAUGAAUAAUAUCGCUCCUCUAAUUGAAGAAAAGAGGAAGCUUUAGCUAUAGCAGAAGGAAAAAGAAAUUAACUAUUCAUAAACUUUAGAAAAAAUUCAAUAAACUAGAAGAAGAGGAUUAAACCAAAUUAAUAACUUUUAAGAUGCUUUAAAUCAGUAUGAUUAGAGUUCAAAUAAAGCUAAUUUAAAUUAAUCAAUAGCAGAAUAAUAAGAAAAGAACUUAGAUAUGUCAAUGCAGCAUCGAUAACAUCUGAGAUAAAGCUUGUUAGAAAAAAAUUAUGAAAAGAAAUAAACGAAAAACAGCUAAAAAACUAGCAUAAAAAGCAAUUUUUUUGAAAAUUCUGAUUAUCAUGUUAAUUAAAAAGAUAUUUAAUUCAAUUAACAAAGUCCUCCAAAAUAAUUAAAUAAUCAUAAUAUUCUCCUAAAGCAGUAAGGUUCAAACGAAAACAGCAUAAAUAUUCCUAUGAAUAUCCUCGAUAAAUAUUCAAAUUAGCAUUAACAGUAAACAUAUGAAUCAAAAAAUUCAGUUGUGAGCUCUUAAGAUGAAGAAGAUGAUAGCAAUUAUAUGUAGGAAGAUGACGAUAAAGAUGAGGAAUCUUAAAGAAAAGGAUCUCUUUAUGUAAAUAAAUUAAAAUAAGGAGGUUCUGAAAAGAAAGGCUUUGCUAGAAUUGUACAAAUUGUUCAACAAAAGAAUAUUGAAAUGACUGGAAAAAAUAGUUAAUUUGCUCCAGGAAAUAGCAGAAAAUCUAAUAUCAAUGGGAAAAUUUUUAACUAAUAAGAGGAUGAAGCAAAUAGUUAAUUAAAACAUAAUUUAGAUGUGCUUCUAGACGCAAAUAGUCAACCUAGUCUUUAAAUGCUAGUGUUCGAUAAGAAUUUAAAUAAUUUUUUCUUGAUAACCAAUAUCAUUUAAACUUUUUUUGAAGCCCUUCCUUUGAGUAUUUUACAAUACAUAAAUAACGAAUUAGGUCAUCUUUGGUAUUACAAAGACGGAAGCUACAAUUAUUUAGUCAUACUGUCAUUUUUUUCUAGUUGUUUAAUGAUAUUUCAAUUUGGUGUUUAGCUUAUUUAGUUGCUUUACAGUAAAAAUAUUUCCAUAUUUUACUAAACCAUGCAGUAUCUUAAUAACUAUAAUCUUUAGAAUUAAAAAAAAAAUUCUUCUUCAUACAAUCUUGGAUCCCUAUUUCCAAUGACAUCUACAGUCAAUAUUUAGAAAAUAAAUUAGCUUGAAAAAUUAAGUAAUUUGUCUUAAAAUGCUUUAGACAAGAUUACCAUUCUAACUAUAUCAUUGCCUGACAAUGCAGUUUAUUUCGAGUACAUUAUGCAUUUAACAAAAGAAUCAAUUGUUAAAAUAAAAAAUGUAUAGCAGCUGCAUUUAAAUUUUAAAAAUAAUAGGAUAAAAGAAUUAACAAAAUUGAUAGAAAUUUUAAAUUUAGCAUUCAGCUAAAAAUUGUUAAGCACAAUAAGUUUAAAGCUUUAAGAUAAUAUUUAUGAUAUUAAAAAUUCUAAUGAGUUGGUAAAUAGGGUUCAACUUUGGGAGUACAACAAAAUUAAAAAGGAAUCUGUGAAAAUAAAUAAAAUAAUAAUAGAUGACUAUCAAACGAUAAUUGGGAUCAAGAAUGAUGCUCUUUUGCAAGAAAAAUACCGUGUUUAUAAAGAGCUUAUUCAUAUUCCUAAGAAUCAGCAAAAGAAAUAUAAAUUUUACUUUUAGUCUAAUUCUGAAUAAAUGAGUUAUAAAACAUUCACUAACAUUUUAUCUUAUGUUUUGAAUUACUUAUAGAGUCUAAAAAACUUUUAAGUAAUCCUCUUUUAAGUCUUAGGUGAAUAAUCAAAAUAUUAAAAAUUAUUACAUGAAUUUAAUAAAUGUACUUCAUUAAAUUAAUAUGUAAUUGGCACUGAAGAUAAUGGUAUUUUGGGUUCUUAUGGCUUUGACUUAGAAGUAAAAAACUAAAAAGUUGUUUUUACCAAGUAGAAUUUUGACUUAUAGCUCGAUUCUUAGAUUCUUAUUUUAGACUAUGAACUUCAAAAAUAUAAUUUAAAAAAUAAUAUUGAAUAAUUUACCCUUAACUACCAGCCUUAGAUUAUGUACAAAACUGUUGACAAAGAAUAAAGCAAUGAUUGCUUAAUCUCAAGAGGCAUUGAUAUUAUAACAAAAUAUACAAAGGUUUCCAGCUUGGAAUUUAUUUUAAGAGAUUGCGUUUUGUAACAUAGAUUCCUGGUGAGCAUGAAAGAUAUAUUUACAUUCCUUCCUAAAUUAUAAGCAUUGUGUUUUGACUUUAGUACCUGCACUUUAGAUUCAAGAUUUUUGCAUACUUUCUUACUUGGAUUUUAAUUUUCAAGCAAUAAAUUGUUAAAAUUCUCCAUAGACCUUUCAGGGGUUUACUUUGAUGAAUCAAUUUUUUUGCUCUUUAAAAACACUAUAAAAUAAAUGGAAAACUUGGAAGAUUUAACUAUCAAAAUGAAGGGAAUACCUUUUGACCACUUUUAAGAUAAUAAGGCCUUAAUUUAAAAUUCUGAGAAAUUAAGAUCUAUAGAAAUCUAGCUUUGGGAAAAUUCAAAAACUGAAUAAAAGGAAUAACCAUCCAUAAAUUUAUUUGAUGGAACAUUAAGUUAUCUUCAAAAAAUAAAAUUAAGCUUAAGGAAAAAUCAGAUAAAAGAUGAUAAUUUGUAAACUUUAGUGAAAAAAAUCAAAACUCCAGAAAGUCUAGAAGAACUUUAUCUUGAUUAUUAAAAUAAUUUAAUUGAGGGUAAUAGUCUUUAAUAAUUUUCAUCUGAUUUGUAAAUAAUGUGCAAUCUAAAUCAUCUAACUAUUAACUUACAUUAAAACUAAGUUGGGGAUUUUUUCUGCAAGCAAAUCUUAAGAGGAUGUAUUGCUUUACAAAACUGCAAGAAGAUGGAAUUAGAUUUCGGUUUCAAUAAUAUUACAGACGAUUCUGCCAUUGAUUGGAUUAAAAAUCUCAAUUUACUUCCUUGCACUUAAUUUUUUUCAUUGAAUUUUGAGAAUAAUCAUUUGACAAAUUAAUUUAUUGAUGUUUUUUGUAGCAAGUUGUAAAAUUUACAAUAAUUUGCUUCCUACUGCAUAUUAAUUAACAAUAAUAAAUACAAUGUAGAAAAAGUAAAGGAGUAUAUUGUUACUUCUUUAAUUAUUCAAAACUAGAGCAGGUAUAUUGGUUAUCUGUGA